UUCAGGCUGGCUGGAUGCUGCUCCAGCACCAUGGAGCAAAAGGCGUCCGAGGAUGAAGGCAGCAGCUCCGGGGGGCAAGAGUCUUACCAGCGGAGGAUGUGGAAGACUUUCCAGGAGAAAACCAAGCCGUGGCUCAGUCCCAAACUGGGCUCGCAGCGUCGCAGUAGCGGCGGAGCAGAAGGCGCCAAGAAGGAAUCGGGACUGUGGAUGUUUAGGAGGAAAAAGAAACACUUCGACCGAGUCUUCUCGUCCUCGCAGCCCAACCUGCGCUGCUCCUCCCCGCCGCCGCUGUCCCUGGGCGGCGGGGACAAGUGCGCAGGACGGGCUGCAGCCGCCGGGAGUGUAACCACUUCGCGGCAGCACCUCGGCCCGGCGUCCGGGACCACCGGGAGCAAACCGGAGCUGACGGCCCAGGGAAGCCCGAAGCUCCACGUCUCGGAGCUGAUCGCCUCCCAGCACAAGAGCUCCUCUCUGGGCUCGGCGUGCUUCGAGAAGCUGGUGGUGGAUCCUGUCGUGGCUGUGGGGGGAGAGAAGCCGAGCGAUGGUGGCAUCACCACCGUGGACUCUUGUAAUGCAGAGCCUCAGCCUCCGAGUCCAGCCAUGUACCAGCUGGAUAUUGUCCUGAAGAAAGGCAACAACCUGGCCAUCAGAGAUCGCACAGGAACCAGUGAUCCAUAUGUCAAGUUCAAGAUCGCAGGGAAGGAGGUGUUCAGGAGUAAGACCAUUCAUAAGAACCUGAACCCAGUGUGGGAUGAGAGAGUAACGAUCCUGGUGGAAAGCCUGAGGGACCCUCUGUACGUCAAGGUUUUUGACUACGACUUUGGACUGCAGGAUGAUUUUAUGGGCUCAGCAUAUCUCCACUUGGAGUCACUGGAACAUCAGAGGAUGCUGGACAUCUCCCUGGACCUCAGUGACCCACAUUAUCCGGAACAUAACCUCGGCAGCCUGGAAAUAUCCUUUACUUUAUCGCCCCGAGAUGGAGACAUGAGAGACGCGACCAUGCUUUUGAGAAGGAGCUGGAAAAGAUCCAGUAAGUGUCAGAGUAUGCGCCUGUCAGACAUACACAGAAAAGCUCAGCUGUGGCGAGGCAUUGUCAGCAUCAGCCUAAUAGAAGGUCGCAGUCUUCAGCCCAUGGACGACAAUGGCCGCAGUGACCCUUAUGUCAAAUUUAGGAUGGGCCACCAAAAAUACAAAAGCAAGGUGAUUCCAAAAACACUGAAUCCUCAAUGGCGGGAGCAGUUUGACUUCCACAUGUAUGAGGAGCAGGGAGGCUACGUUGACAUUACCGUGUGGGACAAAGACGCUGGCAAGAAGGACGACUUCAUGGGAAGGUGCACCGUGGACCUGUCCCUUCUCAGUAAGGAACACACACACAAGCUGGAGUUGCCGAUGGAGGAAGGCGAAGGCGUGUUGGUGAUGUUGGUGACGCUCACCGCUUCUGCCGCCGUCUCCAUCUCAGACCUGUCAGUCAACGUGUUGGACGACCCACAGGAGAGACACCUGAUCAAGCAGAGAUACGUGAGUUGGACUUUUUCUGGGGAUUUUGUCACAGGCUUGUUUCUUAUUGGCCUGCGACACGUUCGGAAGACGAGAUGGGAACAUUGCACAAAAAACUAG